CAGAGUUGAUGCAUUAAUGCAAAGGCUCCAAAUGGCACCAACUAAACUCGCACAUGUGAUUCACAAGAUGAGGUUCGCAGCUGCACAUAAUCUGCAGUAUUGUCCUAGUUUUUUUUUUCCUUUUUUGCCGCGUUAAUGACACCCCUCAUCACGACUCUCUCCAUUCACAAAGCAAAUCCUGUCGUGACGGGAAGAACUGGCUCUGAACGGGGCUUGUGGGUGUCUCAGAAUUCAGAGAACAUGUCUAAUUUUUGCAGCAGCCUCGCAGCCAGCCACAUUCAUUGAGUUCCUCUCCGUAUGCACACGCUGAAUAGGAUCACGCUGUAGGAGAUGUACAUUCAGAGCUCGCUGCACCAUAUGAUUAGAGUCUUUCAGCCGAGCGCUUUUGCAUUUCUUCCUACCGACUGUCCGACGCAUUUUACAUAGAUAAUAAUAGUUAAUGAAUAUGUGUACCUGAAUGAAUUUGAGCUGUGAGGGAUGGGUGAUGCUUUAGCUCUUUGGAUCAUGACAGCCUCGCUCCCCACUUUGUGUGCGGAGUGUGCGAAGCGCACGGAGAGACGAGAGGGAGAGGGAGAGGAAAAGCGCCCUUAAACGUGGGCUGUUGUGUAUCCCUCUCUGGGCCCCUUUGCUAUUUUUGUGCCUGGGUCCGCACGUCACGCUUGGGUAUUUUCUCUGGUGACUAGCUCGCAUCAAUAGAUCUUCUAAUGUACAUCCAGUCGGCCAGCAGCUUCGCGACUGAUGGGACUUUUACCUCGCUCGUUUCUUUCAUAUUUCGCCACCCGGACAUGAGGAGAAUGGAGAGACGGACUAUGCAGUAUGAGGAAUGUCACAUGUGACUGCCGAUAUGGGACAGGGGACUAUUCAAAUGUCAGGUUUGUAUGAGGAUUAUAUUUGAUAUGUGAAUGCCAGCUGCUGUGUGUGUGCUGUGUGUCACUCCGAUCACAGUGAGAGAGCUGCUGGUUCAUUCUGCAUGCUGUCGUAGAGGACUUUAAAGCCAACCGUCUCCUUAUGAUAUUUAUGGAUUUGUUGUCAGCGUGAGACUUCAAGCCCCAUUCCCUUUAAUGGCCAACUUGGCCCCUAAUGAUGUAAUGCAGCGGCAUAACGAUGCUCUCCCGUAGCUCACCGUGCUCCCUUGUGUGUGAAGGGAUGUGCCCAGCGAAUGUGCGGUUCAGAUAAAUGUCUCCACAGAGUCGUUUCUCCAUCCAUGCGGACAUACUGUACCACAGUCAGCCCACAGUCAUCCCGAAGCACACCUACUGCCACCCACCUGCCUCCUGUUGUUGCACGUCAUUGCUGCUGUGUCACAUAUUUUCGUUUAGGUUAGCGCUUGUUGCCAGGAGUGAGAGGAAUUUGGCUUUCAAAGGUGCGCUGGCCCACUCUUUUUUUGGAAAAGUCUGAAUGCGUUCAGAGACUUGUCAAUGAGACUCUGAAUGUGAUGGCUCUGUUUCCUCCCUGUCGUGCUCAGUUCAAAGGUAUGCAUUGUUUCUGAGGGUCUUAUCUCAUUGUCACUCUGCACCUAUAUUCCCCUCUUCCCUCCUCUGGUGGCUCACAGAGGAUGGAAACUAAGCAAUGAGGUCAGAUCGACCUUGAAAGGGAGCUCCCUACCAGGCCUCUGAAUUUUUGUUACCCCCAGGCACCCUCCAGCUUAGUUUACCUCUCUAAACCUCCCCGUUGAAACAUGGAUCAUUCCAAUCCAAAGCUGCCCCUCCACCUCCUCCCCUCCUCACCAUCCUUCAUAUGCAUUCAUUAUUUUUCCUGUAUGUGGAGGAAGCGUUCAAAUCUGUCUGACAGCAGAGACUCCAAAGAUGAGCUCAAAGAGGGGAAUGGGCAUUUGGAUAAGAACACAAAAGAUGACCCUUCCCUGCAAUUCACAUGUAUGUUAAUAUUACUAAAGUUACAUAACAGUUAUUGUCCUUGAAAAUCGAUCGCAAAGGAAGUGACACUGGAUUCAUGGAGUCACUUGAAACUACUGCAGGGGUAAAAAGCUCCACUGAGGGUCAGGACAGAAAUGCUGCACAGAAAAAAUGCACAUUGGAGGUUGCACAGAGUAGGCGGAGACCACCAGUCGAAUUGGAAGCCAAAGGGUGGCACCAAAAACUAGAAGAAGCUCAAAGCAAAGAUACAUGUGGUUUCAAAGAAAUGUCUGACUCAGGGAAAUCACUGCAAUUAGAAGAUCAGCACCCUCAAGCUCAGUCCACAAGCCAUCCAGACUAUGAGGUAUCUUCAUACCCACUACAGUCCGCAAAGCAGUUUUCUAGUGGCAGACAGAAAGCUUCUACACAGUCCCCAGCACCCACAUCUCACAGGAAGUCCCCCAGCUCACCUGAAGUCCAACAACAAUGUUCAAAUUCAGGGAUGGAUCCACUUACAGAAACGGUGUGCAAGGUGGAACAGAAACCACAAAAGCCUGGGAAGUAUGUUUGCGAUUACUGCGGAAGGGCAUGUGCCAAACCCAGCGUGCUUAAGAAACAUAUUCGCUCGCACACAGGGGAACGACCCUACCCAUGUGUUCCCUGUGGGUUCUCCUUCAAAACCAAGAGUAAUUUGUACAAACACAGAAAGUCUCAUGCUCACUCAGUCAAAGCUGGAACGGUGCCAUUCUCAGAACUCGGUUCGUACAAUGCCAAUACAGACCAAGGGUCUUUUGAAGGGGAAGGAGAGCUAUUCUCUGAUGCUGAGCAAAGCACAGACACGGACGAGGACACUCUUAAUGACCCGCUGCUGCUGCUGGACUCUCCAAUGGAGGGAUCAGAUAACACUGCUGUAAAAGUACUAAAUCUCAUUGCUCAGAAAAAGGGAGCCACGUCAAUGUCAGCUCAGGAUGGUUCAUCCCAACCCCAAGAAAUCAAUGCACCUUCUGCUGCUGCCGAGGCUAGUCGUGCAAUUCAAUCUUGCACAAUCAAACAGAGGCUGGCACUCCGGCUGUCUGAAAAAAGAAGCAGUGACUCUGACCACAAUCUGUCCCUCCCAAGUCAGUCUAGCAAGGGCAGCACGGACUCUGGGUACUUCUCUCGCUCUGAGAGUGCUGAGCACCAGACUGGCCCUCCGAACACUAACGCAAAGUCCUACCAAGAAAUUAUGUUUGGAAAGUGUUAUCGGCCAAGCCCUAAGCAGGCUACAGCUUUUGCGGCUUGUAGCACAGACACGAGUGAAUAUACCGGCAAACGCUCAGAGAAAGGCGUCUCCCGUGUUUUCACGCAAGAAAAAGACACAGUUGAGUCAAUCAAAAUAAACACAAAAUCGUUCACAAGGGAAGAGGUAAAAGAACCCCUAUUAGAUGCUGGCUCUGAUGUGGGGCCUCUGAUUAGAAGCAACUCAAUGCCAACAUCCUCGGCAGUCUGUCUGACUAUGCCUCAAGCACUCAGAGGCAGUCACUCGUUUGAUGAGAGAACAAGCACCGGCGGCAUGAGGAGACUCAGGCGGCAAGCCGCUUUCGAACUAUCCGCGCAAGAUGGCCAUACUGACACUGACAGUCACGGAAAGAUUAGUGAGAGUGGCAUUUCACCCUCAGGACUGGAAAUGGAAAGCUACCCUUCUGUGGUGCCUAGUAUGAGCCAUCAGAGGCAUGCGAUGGAACUGGCAACGCGCAAGCGUCGGAAGGAAAAAAGGGAAGAGGAGGAUUUGUCGGGUCAAUAUGAAGGCCAUCAUGAACCGUGUGAGGAGAUGUUUGAUUCAAGCAAGGACUAUGAUGUAAAACAAGGCGCACUGGGCAUUAUGGCUUUACGGAAAGGCCAUUCACAGAUGGACAGGUGUGACAUGGACAUAUCGGUGUGCCCUGAAGUGUCUGCUCGAAAAAACUUAGGGAAUGUAAUUUCAGUUAUCCAGCACACAAACUCAAUAAACAGGCCUUACUCUGAACAUUCAGAAUCUUACAAAUAUCAAGCUAUGGAGGCCUCUGAAUCAUAUGAGAUGGAGCGAAGUGACAGUAGAUUAAGGGAGUCGGUUCAAUUGGGGCCCAAGCUCGUGCGGCAGUCUAACAUACAAGUCCCAGAAAUUAGAGUCACAGUAGAGCCUGACAGUCCAGAAAAAGCUCCUGAGGUGCAGGUGAAGGAGCCAGAGAAGCACGUGGAGGAGUUUCAGUGGCCUCAAAGGAGUGAAACUUUAGCACAAUUCCCUCCAGAAAAACUCCCUCCAAAGAAAAAAAGGCUACGCUUAGCUGAUAUUGAGCACUCCUCUGGUGAAUCUAGCUUUGAGUCGGCCUGCACUAGCCUGUCCCGCAGCCCCAGUCAAGACAGCAACUUAUCUUACAGCUCCACCUUAUCGUUUGACAGGGAAGAGAGCUUGAAGUCAGUCUCUCCCGCCAGGCAGGAUGAAUUUGGCAAACCAUUAGAGUUGUUAGCUGUGCCAGGGAGUGGGCACUCCCUCUCAGUGCUCAACCAGCGUCAACAACAUGAAAUGAGACGCUCCUCCUCAGAGCAGGCGCCGUGUAACUUGCGCAAGGAGUUCCCAGAGUUGCGCAGCAUAUCAUUUGACUAUGGCAGUCUUUCUCCAACAUCCAAAGUUAGACACGUGGACAUAAACUCUGUGAAGGAGAGAAGGAGGGGAAACUUAGUGCGACAGGAGUCACUGAAUAUGGAUAGUGAAGUAACAUCACAAGUGUUUCCACAGUAUCUCAGCAGCAUCUCCCCUUCAUUCACUGCCGCCACUAUCCUGCCGCAGACUUUGCCAAUAUUCUCAGCUGGGAGUACAUUUCCUCAGCUUGCACAUCCGAGCCUGAUGGUUCCCGUAAGAAUUCAGACUCAUGUUCCAUCCUACGGUAGUAUCACAUACACUUCAGUGUCGCAGAUUUUUGACAAUCACUAUGACAGUGUUAGCUCCACUACGUCCACCCUUCAGAGUCAGAGUUCAAGAAUUUCUGUGAAUCUCGAUUCUCAUAACAUAUCGGCUCAUACAAAACCACCUACAACACACACCCUCAAUGUUGAGGCCCUUGAUUUGUCCUCAGCCAAGCUCAAGACAGGCAUCCCUCUCUCUCUGACCUCCAGAACCAUCUCAACCACUAAUGCCUCCAGUGGUGGCGCAAACAAACGGAUGCUAUCCCCUGCCAGCAGCCUGGACCUAUUCAUGGAGGUCAAGCAGCAAAAGCGUGUGAAAGAGGAGAGAAUGUUUGGGCAGAUUGUAGAGGAACUGAGUGCGGUGGAGUUGGGAAAAUGUAAUUUGAGUGAAGAGAAGGGGCACAGGUCAGUGAUGCAGGGUGCACCAACACUUCAUGCUCAGAAUGACUCACGCAGGAGUAAAUUUAUCACACUUCAGCAAAAAGAGGCCGAGGCCACGGACCACGGCGCGGAGUCAGUUAUGGAAAGCAGCUCCCUGGAUGCAAGCUCGCCUCCUUACGCCAUGAUAUCAGUCAGUGAAGUGAAAGAAGCUGGCACGGAGAAACGAGUGCAGAUGGAUAUAGUGGCACAGCUGGUAACCAGUCAAGACAUCCUGAUGUCAGACUCCGAGCAUUCAGGACUGUUAUCUCAGUUUCCAAGUCUUCGCACGACGACAGGUGUGAGCUGGUGUUAUCUCAAUUACACCACGCCGAGCUGCUCUCACAGCACCGCCCCUUUCUCAUCUGUGUACGCCACCUGGCGUGUGAGUUCCCAUAACCCGAACCCUCUUGAAGUGAGCACCAACUCUGCUCUGGCUUUGCUGCAGUCCAGACAGAGGGGAGACAAGGUUAUAUACACCAUGGCUGCCAUGUGCCAGCCUGGUACUGGGAAACUGGUCUCAUCACUCAUCCUGUGGAGGCAGACCAUGGAACAGCUGCAGAGGAAACCGGAGCCCAAAGAGGUGGACGUCACCUACGGGAAGAAGGUGAAAGACAUCAGCUGCAGAGUGAAAACUGCCAAGGAAGAGUGGAAAGAGAGGGAGGCUGCCACAACCCAGACUGUGCCAACACGAAUUAAGAUCUUUGAAGGAGGGUACAAAUCCAAUGAAGACUAUGUAUAUGUUAGAGGUCGAGGCCGGGGUAAAUACAUAUGUGAGGAGUGUGGUAUUCGCUGUAAGAAGCCAAGCAUGCUGAAAAAACAUAUCAGGACCCAUACGGAUGUGCGGCCGUAUAUCUGCAGGGUUUGCAACUUUGCUUUUAAAACUAAAGGAAACCUAACUAAACACAUGAAGUCAAAAGCGCACAUGAAGAAGUGUCUUGAACUGGGAGUGUCAGUGACGAUGGAUGAGACAGAGAUACAGGAACAUGUGGACGACAUGCAACAAAAGUCCAAGACAGAGGUGGCUGCGACGACCAAACAUCAGUUCUCAGACGCCGAGGACUCCGACGGCAUGGAUGAAGAAGCUGAUGAAAUCGAUGAAGAUGACGAUGAGGACGAUGAAUACGAGGGUGAUUCCACUCCGAAGUUACAUUCAAGAAGCACGAGUCCUCAGCCGUGUGGAGUUACCUCUCUGUCAGUUACAGCCACUGCUGCCAUCCACGGCUGCUCCCUCACAUCUCUGCCCGGAGUCGAUGUCAGUCAGCAACCCUCCGGCAGACGUACGAGCUUGGAUCAUCGUCCUGUUCUUGCAAACGACCAGAGAGAGAAAUCCGUGGAUGAAGACUCUCUGACCAUGCUGUCUCCAGAUCACAGCAGCUUCCUUUUUGACCCUUAUUCAUCUUGUCUACUCUCUCCUGGCUGGGAGUCUCCCAUCAGGGAGCCCUCCCCUUCACGUUUACGUUACCCGUCCCCAAGGAGGGAGCUUUCGCCACGUGGUCGCUCCUCUCCCAGAUGGGAUACCUCUCCAUUGAGGCCCAGUUCACCUAGCUUCACACCCAUCCAGCAUCCCUCCCCGGUCUCAAUUGAACGGCCCAUGUCUCCCGGCAUAGAGCUGGCUGGAAAGCGGGAAUCCUCAGUCAGAGGCAGGCAGAGGGUUGUGUUAAGAGCCGUUUCACCACGCAGAGGUUCACACCAACAUAAAGGCAGCGGUGACAAAACCAGACACCAAGCAAAGAUGGAGAUGGCUCAGUACCAAGGAGCCUUUGAAAUGGAGAUGGAUCAAAGGAGCAGCUUGGCUUCCAGUCUGCCUGGUGCUGCCAGUUCUCAUCAUCAGAACAUCCUCAGCCACCUCCCUCUUCACUCCCAGCAGCAGGCCCACAGUUUGCUCCCCGUUGUUCCUGUUGGCGGGCUCCAGAUAUUACACUCCCCGCCUUCCUCCAGCACUGAUGUCAGCCCCUCUGUGGCGCCAAGCCCCCAAAGCAGCGAAGGCCAAUGUUGCAGCAGCAGGGAGGGAUCUGUCCUCAGUCCUGAGACAGAAGGAGAGGACAUCAGAGGCCACGGCCAGCUGUCCUGCCAUGAGGCCGCUCAGGAGAAAAGCCUCGACCCCGAAGUCGGAGACAGCGGACAAGAGGAGAAUGUACAGACCUGCUUGAAAGCCAUCGCCUCGCUGAAGAUUACCACAGAAGACCCUCAUUAGAACCGUCAUUGUCUGUUUUCUCGGGUUGAUCAAGGAAAAGACACCUCCCUGCUACACCUGCGACCUUGUCACCUUCUGCCCUUUAGGCACAUGACCUCAUCUUUAUCCCAUUAGAGGCAAUAUAAUAACACUUCCUCUGGUCUUGCACAUACCCGAGACAUCUUCUUAAGUGGAUAAUAUGAGUGGAGGUCAUAUCUUUUCAGUGAAGAAGAAGGCCACCGCAUCUGAUGAGCUCUUCUCUUCAAAGGCUUUUUGGAAAACUUGGACGAGCAGCAGGGUGUUUUUUGCGUUAAUGGGUUCAGGUGCAAUACGGAAAGAUAUUCUGCUAAUAUGCCUUUGUCUGACAUAGUAGUUUGCGUACAAUUGCACAUAAAUUAUAUUUAUGAAUUCUGUACAAAUGUCCUUAACAUAUACUCCUUCUUAGAUACAUACAAACAGUGUAUUUUACUGUGUGUACUUUGAAAAUAGACUGUUGUUUAUGUAAUCAUAUCAAGGUGUGAUGCAGUAGUGCAGUAAAUAAAGACUAUUUAUAAGGGGAAAAGUAUGUGUAUUAUGAAACAGUCUGACCAAAUUUUAAGUAGACGCUUCUUGUGCAGUUUGGUGCUUCUGAUCAAGCAGCGAGGGUCUGUGCCUUUAUUUUGCGUUUCUUCAUUUCUUUAUCAGAGCGAGAACUACGGAAAGCAGUCGAGGUACUCUUUAUUUUGUUCAGAGGACAGCUUUUUCUUUCUCGCCCCGUCGGCUUUAUUUAUGUGAAACAAGCUUUAAAGAAACAAAAAAAAGUUUCCUAUGUUGCAAAUUUUCUUAAUGUUGUGGUUUUUAUCUUGGUAAAAAUGCAUGGGAUUUGCUAUUGCACAACAAUAGAGGAGGUAAUUAUGUAAUUAUGAAUACUGUAAGAUGUAUUUAUAUAUUAGAACGUAAGCACUUAUUGAUACUGGUAAAUAUUUGACUACUAUUUAUAUGGUAUAUCUGUACUUAUGCAGCAGUGAUGCAGUUAUGCAGUGAGCUACGCUGGCAUUGCUUUUGAUCUCAUGUCGUCUCUACAGUUUUUUUUCUUGCUUAUACAGAUGACCAUGAGCAUUUUAUGAGUUUUAAAGAUGCACUUUCAUCCUUUUACCUUUGAUGUUUUAACUGACUCGGUCAGUGGAGGAAAUGGGGGAGUAAAACACAGUUUGUUCUCUUGUGAUUUUUGACACAUUCCAGUUGUUUUUUUUCUUUUCUCAUUGUGUAAAACACGUUGCACACAAAUCCAAGGGGCUACAAUGAUCAGUCAAUAGUACAUUUUCUUGCAUUUCAAGUGUAACUGGAUGAAUCAAUAUAAGUAAUGACGUUAUAAGCAUGACUAUUACUGUGCUUCAGCUCACAAUGUAAGUAAUCAUUCACCAAAUGCAUUACUUCUUCUCUGUAUAUAUAUAUAUGUGUAUUUUUAUGAUUUAAACUAUUUUUGCAGUGUUGAAUUCUGAAAACUUUUUAUGUGGAUUGUUUAUAUCUCUUUAAGAGGUAAAAUGUCUGCAGCUGAUGUAAUGGCAGAGGUUUAAUGAGGCUGAUUGCUAACACAGCGUGUCUCAUCUUUUUAAAAAAAAAUGUACUCACAUCUUUAAGUGAUUAUCCGUUUUUGAGACUUCGAAAUUUAAAAACACAACAACACUUUGUUCACUCAUGUUUACAUAAAAGAUUUAUAGGUGCACUGCUUUAAUUUUGUGUUUUCCUUUCUGAAGGUGUAUGUAGCUUUGAUUUCACGGUUGUGUAUUUUCAUUUGUUGUGCACAUAGCUCAUAAAAUGUGAAGGGAAAGUGAAGCCUUUUAUUUGCUUUAGCAUACAUUAUGUAUUCAGAUUGUGUUUUGUGUUUUUUUUUAAUUGUGUAUUCAUAUAUACUGAACUGCAUUGUGCCUCUCAUGUCUAUGGAAAUCCUGUAAAACACACAGAGGACAAAUCAUUUUACCUCUAAGCUAAGAUUUUUUCGAGGAGGGAAAAAACAACCUCAGUAGCCAAUCUGUUGUUUAGCUAUUUGCAUCAAAUCUGGCUAGUCAGGACGGAGUGCCUCUUUUAUGCUAUGAGGAAUUUAUUGUUUGGUGCUCUACUUUUUCAGAUUAAAUUCAAAAUUGUUUUAAAAGAAUAUAAUUCUAACCCAAAAAUGUGUGUCGCAGCUUAUUUCACGGCUUCCGUACCUUUCCUCCUGCAUUAUUCACCGCUGUUUAAAUUAGAGCUCGCACGAGAAGGUUUUCAGAUGAAAUCGCUCACAUUUUAUCUUCAGGGUACAGUGAAAAAUUGGAGAAUCUCCAACCAGUGACAUCCUCUGGUGAAGAAUUAUUACUGCAGUCAUAACACGGGAGAGGAAAAAUAAAUGAACGCUUCCAAAAAUAGCUCUCACCUUGUGACUAAUAUUGAACCACAUUCGCACACACUUUGUUGUGUAUCAGCAGCAUUUGCGGUGCACUUUACUGCAUGUGUGAAGCAUGUAUAAGCAAGGAAAUGAGAAAAUCACAUUUUUUCGGCCACUCUUCUCUGGGUCGGGGGAGGAGGUCUGUUCUAAUUCUGGCCAAUCACAGAGACACAUAAGGUUUUUUCCCCCCUGUCUCCUGCUCAGUCACCAGGCUUGUCAGGCCCAUUUGUUAGAAUAAUUAUAUGGCUGUUAACAGCAACCUUGCCUAAAAUAAAACGAGUGCUGCAUUGGUUCAAAGACACCACAUAAAAUGGCUGCUAAAGAUUUUACCAGAAGAUUUAUUGUAUUCAUACAUUGUUAGCGUGAACACAGGUGCUUCUUGGGGUAAAUUCCCGUUAAGAUUACAAUCAGAGGAGGCCCGUGGGUUGUUUUUAAUAGAGGUGUGCUGUGGAGUAUCUCUGUACUCCCUCUCUCUGUUCAGAGUGAGCUGUGCUCCUCUGGUUUAUUUUGAGGUGGUCUUAUCACAGCUGUUGUAGCUGGUGGCAGCCUGUCCAAGCCCCUCGACACUCUUCCUUUUCUCCCUCUGGCCCUUGGUCCUG